AUGCCUAUCACCGAAAUCGCCCUCCUGCACCUCAAGCCCACAGUCACCAUCGACGAUGCCCCGGUUCGAUCUAGUCUCCGCGCCGCAAAACUUGCCAUGGAAUCCUUCACCGGGUACCCCUUCCAUUUCUAUACCCAAGUCGACGACCCGUCGUAUAUCUACGUCGUCGGUAGUUGGGCCACUGUCGCCCAACACGCUGAGGAAUGGAUACCGUCUCAAAAGAAUCAGGAGAUACUAGCAUCCGUCCGUGAUCUUCUCGACGUGGAUUGGAUGUUUCAUGUAGACAUCGACCAGUUUGCAACCGGAGACAGCCCGGCCGGAGUUAUGCCAGUCUUAGCUCCGACGCUGGAGAUUACAAGGCAUUUCGUGCAGGCGGGAAAAGCCCAGGUCUUCCUGGCCAAGUUUGAAGAGAGCAGGGAGUCUCUUGCCGAGUUUACUGCACCUCAACCGGUAUGCGGGGGGUGGAGGAUCGAUCGUGAACGGGAAGCGGGCAACAAUGGGAUGGAGAAGGAGGAAUUCUUGUUAUUUUGUGGGUGGCGCGAUGUCGCGCAUAAUUUGGAAUUUGCGCAAACGGAGGCCUUUGAGAAAUAUAAGGAAACCAGAGAGUAUCUCACUGCAAUUGAAACCAAGCACGUAACAAGAUGGGAUAUAUGA